AAACUAUCAGCGAGAACUGUGUUCUAAUUCUAAUUGUUGUAAAAACUCUUUGUAACCUUUCUCUUUAGUGAUUCUGUUGUUUGUGUUUACAUACGAAAAUGUCUGAAUUUAAGGAUUGGUUUGAGAGUGUACCGUUUUUCACUCGUUAUUGGUUGACUUUAACAAUAGUGUUCAGUAUAUUGGGCCGGUUUGGGCUAUUAAGCUUUUCCUAUUUGGUACUGGACUUUUACUCUAUUGUAAACAAAUUCCAGUUAUGGCGACCAAUCACAGCGCUCUUCUUCUACCCGAUAAGUCCAAGUACAGGAUUCCACUUCCUCAUAAAUUGUUACUUCCUGUACAACUACUCGCAGAGACUUGAGACUGGAAUGUUUGCGGGCAAGCCAGCGGAUUACUUCUAUAUGUUACUCUUCAACUGGGCUUGCUCUGUGAUCAUAGGAUUACUCGUCAACUUGCCUAUCCUAAUGGACCCGAUGGUGCUGUCAGUACUGUACGUAUGGUGCCAGCUGAACAAGGACGUGAUCGUGUCCUUCUGGUUCGGCACCAGGUUCAAAGCUAUGUACCUGCCGUGGGUACUGCUAGCUUUCAACCUGGUUAUCAGCGGCGGAGGUGUGAUGGAGUUGAUCGGCAUCCUGAUCGGUCACUUGGCGUUCUUCCUUCUCUUCAAGUAUCCUCAGGAGUUCGGUGGCCCGGCUCUCCUUUCGCCGCCGGCUUUCUUGAAACAAAUAUUCCCCGACACAAGAUACGUGGGUGGCUUCGGCACCGCGCCCCAAGCUAGGGUGCCUACACGACCUGGCGGCACAGUCUUCGGCGGACAUAACUGGGGUCGUGGACACACUCUAGGAGGAAAUUGAUGUAACAACACAUACAGUGAGAGACUUUGAUGUUUACAAACACGAACGAUAUCCCGAUUUUUAAGAUGUGAUUAUGGUGACCCUAACAGUUAUUCUUGACAAAGGUUUUAUGUGCAUACAGCCUAUAAGUAACCUCAUUUUUUAUGGACUGUUGUUAAUUGUGUUCAAAACUUUUUGCUCAAUGAUCACAGCUUAAAAAUUAUUAGUGUAAAAUUAUUUACUCUAUGAACUAUGAAGUUUUAUUUUUUUUGUAAUAGAAAACAUAUUGUUUUCUACUUCUCUACACAGCACCUGUUUGUUGUAACUUUAUUAUGGUGUUAUUUAAUUAUUUGGGUGUCCUUUUAUGUGGUCAUUGUAAUGUGGUUGAUUGGGACUAACGAGUCUUCACAGGGCAUUAACGCCUAGUAGCAAAAAUAUAAAUCAAUAAAAGAAAUAUAAGUAUAAAAAGUUAAAGUUGCGCAUCUGUUACACAUGACUAUUAUUUUUGGACUCGAACAAAAUUAUU